CUGCCAGCCCCGAGCAGCAUGCGGCGCCCCAGGCCUCCCAGCUCUUCACACGGCUCUUAAUUCAAUACAACAAUCGUUCGUGACAUGCACGUGUGACACGUCACCAUGACGGGCUCAUCCUCGUGGUCCGAGGACGCUCCGGGCGCCGACAUCCUGGACCUGGACCGCUACAUGCGUGGAACUCGGCCCGCGCGCCGUCCGCAGAGGAACAUAAGCAGCUCUGGGCUGGUGGUUGACGCGGGCGCGGUGGGGCGGCCCGCCAGCCCGCCCGGGGACUCCAGCUCGGGCUCCGAGGCCUCCGAGCCGUCCGAGCCGUCCGGGCCAUCCGGGCCGUCGGACAAGCGCUUCUCGCACGACUCCGGCCUGUCCGACACCAGCUACCGACGGGCUAGCCGCCAGCAAAGACGACAUAGAGCAGACACUGUCAGCAAGAACGACACCGAGGUGCCGCGGCGGAGCAACAAGAGCGGCGGCGGAGCAAUUCGGCGAGGCAAGAGCGGCGAGGCUCGACGAGGCAACAGCGGCGAGGCGCGGCAAGCCAAGAGCGGCCAGGCGCGGCGAAGCAACAGCGGCGAGGCGAGGCGAGGCAAGAGCGGCGAGGCACGACGAGGCAAGAGCGGCAGCGAGGCGCGCCGCUCGUCAGAGUCCAGGAGUAGCUUCCGCGAGUCGUUGGAGCGUGCGUUGCGCGAUCAGCAGAGUGUAUAA